AUGGGCGGCGCACUUUGCCCGUGUCUCGGCGACCGUGGAAAGACCGCAAGCGAUGCGGCGCCGUGCGCAGCCAUUGAGGAGAUACCCAGGGCAGUGCCCAGCUCUGCAGGACUUGAAUGUCCGAUCAAUGGCGAGUUGCCAGACCUCCUGCGCAACCGCUUCCCACAGGCGUCUUCACCAGCAAAUGAAGGAAGCGCGCCAGUGGCCAAGCCCAACUCCAACCCGGAGGCUGAGCCCCCAGCCAAGAUUGCGGCAGCAAAGGCCAUGGAAGAGCGUGAAACUUUUCUGCGCAAUCUGGAGGCCGCAGAGGAUGCUGCCAGAUUAGAGGCAAAGCGAGCACGUCUGGAGGCAGAGAACGUCCGAGUAAGGGCGGCCUUUGCAAAGCUCCAGAAUCUGACCAAGGGCGCUCGAGUCUCGUUUGAUGAGAUUGUGGAGGUCCAUGAGCUCGCUGAGCUAGACAUGCCAGAGGACAAUGAAAUGUUGGUCACGCCAGCCUCUUCUUCAUCUACAGGCUCCCCACAGCAGUCCAUUUUAAAGGGGAAGCAGAUUACAUCCUCGUCAAGCUGGGCCGUCGAAGCCCGUGCCCAGCUAGACCAGGACAGUGAUUCGGAUGAAGUCUACGAAUACGACGGCAGCGAUGACGACGUAUUCUUUGAGGAGUGUCUGCUUGACUUAUCCGCCAAGCCGCUCUACGCAGGCGGUUGCCGCCUUGGCCACUUGGAGUCAGUUAAUGCAUGGGUGAUCACUCUCGCCAAUCAUCCAAUCAGGCUGGCUGUGACCAUCUUUAGCCUCUCCGCUUGGGUCGUCCCAGCCAUCUUGUUAGGACUUCCUGUAGUGAAGAGAAAGGAUCCGAAGUCGCGCAAGUACGUGGACGGCGUUAUUGGUGUGUGGAGCAAGAUGACGACGUGGCCUUUUUUCAAAGUGAAGGUGAAGGGCCGCGAGAACUUACCGCCUGAAGACCAGGCAGUGGUGUACGCUGGAAAUCACCAGUCCUUCAUGGACAUCCUGUCCUGCUACCACCUGAACAAGCCCUUCAAGUGGGUCUCGAAAGCCUCCAUCUUGAAGAUCCCUGUGAUCGGCUGGGCCAUGAAGAGGGCCAACACCAUCACAAUCGAAAGGGAGGACCGAAGGUCGCAGAUGGAAGCCUUCCGGCGAUGCAUAAGCACCUUGCAGGAGGGCACAUCCAUCUUCAUCUUCCCAGAGGGCACACGCAGCGCGGAUGGAGCUCUCCUGAAGUUUAAGAAGGGCCCCGUCUCGAUGGCCAAGAGGGCAAAGGUUCCUAUCAUCCCAGUGACCAUUCUGGGAACUGGCCGCAUGAUGCCCAGCAAGAAGGAGUAUCUGCUCUACCACAGCCGUCCUGGGGUUGAGAUCAUCGUGCAUCCCCCCAUGUCCGCUCAGGAAGUGCAAGACACGCCCGACGCGGAUACUUUGCUGAAGCUGCGGCAAACGAUAGAGUCGGCUCUCCCAUUGCAGCUGCAGAAGGGGACUGUCGCCAGUUGA